UGGUCAUAUGACUCCUGUCUGAGAACGAAGCUUCGCCCUGUUCUGCAGAGAACACUCCAGUUUAACCUCUUGCAGCUAACAACAGCGCGAGACCACCCUUUAUUGCCCGCGCGCCGCCUUGUGCCCUCUUAUUACAGCAGCUUGUGUAGCGCCCAAGCAGAAGCAUCGGAGUAUGGCUAUAAGAACAGCGACCUGCGGGAUGGGGAUUCGGGGAGUGGCGCUGCUUGUGUUUCUCGGCAUUUUACAGGAAAUUUCCUCUCUCAGAUUUGAAGUGAAAGAUAGUACAAACAGCACUUGCAUAUUGGCUGAUCUCUCAGUUAAUUUCUCUGUAGGAUACACUUCACUUGGAAAACAGGUACAAGUCCAAUUCAAUCUGCCAGAAACUGCUACUCUUAACCCCUUGAGCACCUGUGGUAAAGAAAAUACUACCACUCCACUUCUAGGCAUUCUUUUUGGAGCCAAUCACUCUCUAAACAUACUUUUUGCAAGAAAUGCAUCACGCUAUGAAGUUAGUGAACUGAUCUUUGUUUAUAAUUUGUCAGACGCAACAAUCUUCAAAAAUGCAACUGAAAAUGGGACAAAAGAAGUGUCUACAAAGAAUACUGGCAUUGGUGCUUCUGAUAACACUGCAUACAAGUGCUUAAAUACUCACAGCCUCUCAAUGGGGAAUGUCACAGUGUCUUUUCAUGAUGUGAAAUUGGAGGCAUAUUUAAAGCAAAAUAAUUAUAGUCAAAAUGUAACCCUAUGCAGCGAAGAUGUUUCACCAACAGCCUCACCAACAGCCACCCCAGUAACACCAACAAGUACCCCUGUAACUCCUUCACCUCCCGCAGUGGGCAACUACACUGUUAAUGGAACAUCUGGAUAUUGUUUACUGGCAAAUAUGGGCUUGCAGCUAAACAUUAGCUAUGUGAAAAAAGAUGGCAAGGAAGGACUAUACGUUUUUAAUAUAGAUCCAAAGAAUGUGACCGUUCAUGGAGGCUGCACAAACACUUCAGCAAACUUAUCCCUCUCAUCUGAUAGUGUGUACAUAUUGUUCAGUUUUGCUAAGAAUGCCAGCACCAACAAAUCCUACCUCCAAAAUGUAGAAAUGAACACAACCAUGCCACUUGACUCAAAAGAUCCUGUGUUUAAAGCAGACAACAACACUCUAAUGUACCUGCAGACUACAUCCCACAAAUCGUACAGAUGUAAAAGUAUGCAGACUCUUCUGAUUACAAGCAACUUUUCCAUUAAUACUAACAAUCUUCAAGUCCAGGCAUUUGAUAUUGAUGAGAACAAAUUUGGGUCUGCUGUGGAAUGUGUGAAUGAUGAUAACGGAAUGCUGGUGCCCAUUGUAGUUGGAGCUGCUCUGGCUGGACUUGUUCUAAUCGUACUCAUUGCUUAUCUCAUUGGAAGAAAGAGAAGCCAUGCUGGAUAUCAAACAAUAUAAAUAACCUAACAUUAAAAACAAACAAAAAAUACCACUAGCACUCAAGAGAAAAUUGUGGAGUAAAUUAUAUUUUGAAUAGGAAGUUCAUUAGCAGAAUAUCCUAACAUGUGUGAAGAAAAACCAUUCACGCUAUUUUAAUGUGAAAUUCCAUUUUAAUGCAUAUAUUGACUAUGCACUGAAGAUCCUCAAGUAAAACAAUGAUUUAUUUUUUCUCCUUUGGCUAAGUAGUUCAGUACUGCCUUAGGAACAAUUGAAAGUGCUUUAGAGGAAUUAAAAUAAAAUGUGCAUUCUGAGAAGACAUGAAUGCAGUAUUUUUACAGAUGUGUUCAAUAACUAUUUACUUAUUUCAAACUUUUCAUAUUCAAAGGGAAUCUUAUUUGUUCUGUUUUGCAGUGACUAAAUAAUUGCAGGUUUUUUCUGCAUUGUAUAAUCAUCAAAUAAAUUACUGACAUCAGAGUUAGUUAACGGAUUCUAGCGUAGUGGUUGGUUUGAGUUCACGUUUCUACUCUUAUGCUUCAGCUAGAAACAGACUUAAAUGCCACGCCUCUGCAGGGCAUUAAUGAUGCAAUAUUUAAAUUACAAAACUUUGCUGUUCUGCUUGCUCUGCUUUUUCAGAGCAAUUAUUUUUCUAAAACUAGUGUCAUUUCUUAUUUUCUCUCUCCCAAUUAUGUUUUGUCUCCUUUGUUUGAAGCUGCGGGGUUGAAUGGUAUUUUUGUGUACAGUAAAGAUAUGUAUAUGCAGAUUGCCUAGCUUUUUUUGCCUGGUUGGGGUUGUAUAAUUAAAGAAAUUUGUGAGUAUGCAUUGCCUUAACAAUGCUAAUAAACAAACCUGUUUUGA